AUGCAGCCAGAGAUGUGGCCAUCUCAUGUUCCAGAGCCACUGUGCGACGAUUCCAAGGCCAAAACGUCUCACCAUCUGGGUCGCAUUUGGAUGUAUUCUCCUGAUCGCGACUCUGCUAGCGGCAAGUUGUCGGUGAAAAUUCUCGAAGGGCAACGAGAGCUAAUUGCGUAG